AUGUUGAGUCUCUCAAAUAUUGAGUCAUCAUAUGCCAAUGGAACUCAAGAAAUUGGUGGUGCUUCUGAUACUAGAGACAUUGCUUCAGCACCAGUGUCAUAUGAAUCUACAUUAAACAUUGUGGCGGGAUUGGAAAUUGUAGCAUCAAACGCUGUACUUCCAUCCCCAGAACAAGUGCUGGCCCAGCGUCCAUUAACAACUGACGCUAAAGCAUGGAGUAGCUUGUUCCUAAACCCGUCACUAGCCUCACAAGCUAUGUUCGGUCUCGAAAUAGGUGCAUAUUACGGGACCUAA